CUGUCAGCUGAACAGUGUUGAGACUCAGCAGCCCAACAUGUUGCUUUCCAAUCAAGUGGCCUUGGUGAGGAUGCUCCUGCAGCUGUGCAUCAGUAAUGUGCACUGUAUGCUUUCGGAAGUGAUGAGAUGGAUGUUUUCUGUGUGGAUGAGAAUGAACAGGGCGCAGGUGGACACUCAGCCCAAGCGCCCUCAACUCAGCAGCAGCAGCAGCAGCACGGCGCGAGGUGAAGUCACAACCCCGAGCAGUGUGAACUACCAUUUCACCCGCCAGUGCAAUUAUAAGUGCGGCUUCUGCUUUCACACGGCAAAGACGUCCUUCGUCUUGCCUAUAGACGAGGCGAAGAGAGGCCUGCGACUCCUGAAAGAAGCAGGAAUGGAGAAAAUCAACUUCUCUGGUGGAGAACCUUUCUUGCACCAGAAGGGUGUCUUUCUGGGGGAACUGGUUCAAUACUGCAAACAAGAGCUUCAGUUACCGAGCGUCAGUAUUGUCAGCAAUGGCAGCAUGAUCAAGGAGACCUGGUUUCAGAAAUAUGGAGAGUAUUUGGACAUUCUAGCAGUAUCCUGUGAUAGCUUUGAUGAGGAAACCAACCAAGCGAUCGGUCGGGCCCAGGGCAGAAAAAGCCACAUAGAAAACCUGUAUAAAGUGCGAAACUGGUGCAGGGAGUACAAAGUGGCUUUCAAAAUCAAUUCAGUCAUCAACACCUUCAACGUUCAAGAAGACAUGACUGAGCACAUCACUGGCCUUAAUCCUGUGCGCUGGAAGGUGUUUCAGUGCCUCCUGAUUGAGGGUGAGAACACAGGCGAGAAUAGCCUUCGAGAAGCAGAGAAAUUUGUCAUCACUGAUCAGGAGUUCCAGGAUUUCCUGGACCGCCACCAAAGCAUUAACUGUCUGGUCCCAGAGUCGAAUCAAAAGAUGAAAGACUCCUACUUGAUUUUGGAUGAAUAUAUGCGUUUCCUGGAUUGUCGAGCAGGGAGGAAAGACCCAUCAAAGUCCAUUCUGGAUGUCGGAGUAGAGGAGGCUAUAAAGUUCAGUGGGUUUGAUGAGAGGAUGUUUCUUAAAAGAGGGGGAAAAUAUGUGUGGAGCAAAGCAGAUAUGAAGCUUGAGUGGUGAUACCCCACAAUGUUGAUCACAUGUAACAGCUGUUAGCAUAAAAUUGAUUAUAUAGAAUUUUAUUUUUGUUUCUAUGUUAACAGCCAUUUAAUGAAGGAAAUGUAAUAUUAUUUUAUUUGAUAUUUAUGUUUUAAAGCUAUUAUUAUUAUUAAAUGGAUUUUACUAUCUCUGUGUUUCUAUAUUAACAUCCACUUAAAGAAUGUAAUUCUAUUUUAUUGUUUCUAUUUUGUUGUGUUGUGUUUAAAGCUAUUAUUUUUUAUUAGUAGUAGUAGUAGUAAUAGUGGCUCUGCAACAUUAAUUCAGCAUACUUUUUGUACUAUUUUAUGCACUUUGAACAAAUUAAAUGUAUUGUGUCUAUAUGUCUCCUAAAUAAAGGUCUAUAUUUGCAACAAAAAUGCUCUGUUACUAGA